AUGGUAAUAAGACAUGACGGUGUUAACCAAGGCGAGGAAGCCAAGGUGGUUGUUAAAGCGUCCAAGAUGGUCAGGGAACGGCAGGUUGGUCGUUCAAGCAAUUUUAAGAAAAGCGUGUUGGAUGAUUUGGAUGAAGAUUAUGUAGCUUCGGAGGACGGGAAUGAUGAAUCCGAUGAUGAUGCAGAGGAUUACUGUUCUUCGUUAAAUGAACGUGCAUCAGUAGAGGGUAAUCGGUUUUUCAAUGAGGAGGAUGAGGGGGAGAGGAAAAGGGAGAGGAAUAUUAUCAAUAGAAAAUUGGUAAAUUGGAAACGUGUAUCCUAUGAAGAAUGGGAAGACGAGGAUUAUGAGCAGGAUGAUGAAGAAGAGGUGGAAGAUGAGGAGGAGGAGGAAUUCAGUCCAGAUGAAGAUGAUUGUUUUGACGAGGAAUUCACUCCGGAUGAUGAAGAAGAUUGUUUGAAUGAGGAAUGCACUCCGGAUGAUGAAGAAGAUUGUUUGGAAUUUGGAUGA